AUGAAUUCUACUUUUUAUGGUUGGGAUUAUUACAGUAGUGAAUCUGUGGAGGGUCGAAUUUUAGUGAUUUGGAAAUCUAAGUUGGUGCAUCUUGAUGUGAUACAGGAAAGUGACCAAUUCUUACAUUGUCAAGUGAGGUUCUACAAUAAACUUGGUUUCUGUCUUACAUUUGUCUAUGGCUCUAAUAGUUUGGAGACUAGGAGAACCUUAUGGAAUGAUUUGUCCCACUUGCAUUGGCCUAGUAAAGCAUGGAUGAUUCUUGGGAAUUUUAAUGCUGUUUUUACUCUGAAUGACAGAUUGGGUGGCAGGCCUAUCACAGUGAAAGAAAUGAAGGAUGCUAGACAGUGGUUUGAUCUUGGUUUAGUUGAAGAAAUAAAGAUUAUGGGUCCUUUUUACACUUGGUCUAAUAAUCAAGAAGGAGGGGCUCACCAUUCUGUUAUUCUGAUAAAAAGUCUGCUUGCUAUAAGGGUUGGGGUGAAGCCUUUUCGAUUUUAUAACAUAUGGAUCUCUCACCCUCAAUUUAGAGUAACAGUUUUAUCUAACUGGUUGAAAACAUUAAGGUUUAAUGGCAGAGGUUUAGAGCAAAUUAGCUGGAAACUUACCAAUCUGAAGCAUGUCUUGAAGAAGUUUAACUGGAAGGAAAUGGGGGAUGUAGCUUGUAACUAUGAGAGAAGCAAAAGUUUAUAUCAGCAAGCUCAUUCUAAAUGCUUUGCUGAUUCAUCUAACAGUAUGUUACGUAAUGAGGAUCGUGAAGCUUUUCUUGAGUUUAAGAGGCAAGAGAAAAUGUAUGCUAGUUUUCUCUAUCAAAAGAGUAAAAUAGAUUGGUUACGUUUUGGUGAUGACAACUCGUCCUUUUUUCAUGCUAGUUUAAAGAAAAAUCAUGGGAUUCUGACAGUCACAAAAAGGAAAUUAGCUAAUGGGAUUGUAUCCUAUGUUUCUGAUGACGGGCUGAUUGUUGAUGAUUAUGCUAAAGUUACUAAUCAUUUUCUGCAACAUUUUCAAAGAUUUAUGGGGAAAGCUAGCCAAGCUACGGGUAUUAUUGAUGCUCAAGCAAUAGGUUAUGGCUCGGUUUUGAACAGUGAAGCCCAACUGAGUUUGAUCAAGCCGUUCACUGUCCUAGAGGUUAAAGUAGCGAUAUUUAGCAUCCAUUCUCUCAAAAGCCUAGGUCCAGAUGGGUUUGGGGCAGGAUUUUUUAAAGCAUUAUGGAAGGAUAUUGGUAAGGAAAUUUCUUGUGUUGUUCUUGAAUUUUUUGAGUCAACUUGCAUUCCUCAGUCUUUAAAUAAUACUCUCUUAUCUCUAAUCCUAAAAGUGGACCAGCCAAUAAAUGCUUCUGAUUUUAGGCCUAUUGCUUGUUGCAAUACUAUAUACAAAUGCAUAUCCAAAAUGUUGUGCAAUAGGCUAAAACCUGUUCUUCCUUCUUUGAUUAGUCAGAAUCAGGGGGCCUUCAUUAAGUAUCGCUUUCUUGCCCAUAAUGUGCUUAUUCUUCAAGACUUACUUAAAGGUUAUAAUAGGAAAAAUAUUCCCCUCGUUGUCUUAUGA